AUGAUCAAGCCUACACCCAAGCGAUCAAGGGGUCGUCGUGUGUCCUGCAAUCCCGAUAACUCUGGCUGCAAGGUCUUUACUUGCCGCUUUGAGGACUGUGGUAAGAUCUUCAAGCGAUCCGAGCAUCUCAAACGCCAUGUUCGCUCCAUCCACACCAUGGAAAAACCAUUUGAAUGCCCUAUCCAGAACUGCCCCAAGAGAUUCUCAAGGAGCGACAAUUUGAACCAGCAUAUCCGUAUUCAUCGCCACAAUGGUCGCGGUGAUAAGAACAAGACUUUUGCUGCAUUCACGCCAUUCCUUCAAAACUACAGCACUUCAGAUCUUCUUUCGUUCUCAUAA